UUUUGUUUUGGAUGAUGAGUCAAAAUUAUCUUUGAUCAUCAUUUAUUUUUGAUUGAUUGAUUGAUUGAUUGAUAGAAUCCUUUUUAUUUCACAAUCAUUCUGAUCAACCUUGACAACAACGAUCUCUCUUUCUCUCUCUCUAUAUAUAUAUAGAUUUUCAUUCAAAACAAAUCAUCAAAUCAAUUCAAUCGUAGCGAAAAUUUUUUCAUUUAUCAGAAAUAAACGAGACACAUAAUAAUAUUGUUAUUGUUGUUCGGGUGUUUCCGUGUUUGAUAUUUCAAGUUUUUUUUUGGCAAUUUUUUUUUUGUUUUGGUUUUUUUUUCAUCAAUCAUUCACCACCAUUUCAACAUCGUCAUAAUCAUACUGUUUGUUACGAAAAAAACAAUAUUAAAUAAUGGGAAAUUGGUGUUGCUGUUUUAAUAAACCUGAUUGUGAUAAUGAUGAAACACAGGGUAUCCUGGAUCAUCCAAUCGGCAUCAAUGAUGGUGAUUCUCAUUAUGGUUCAACAAUGGUAAACAAUAAUCAUAAUGUAAAUCAAUCAUAUCAAAAUCAAAAUAUUCCCAAUCAAAUAAAUGGUUCGAAUGCUAAACAACAACAGACGGAAAACCAACAGAAUCAAUUAUAUCAAAAUGUUUUGGAUCGUCUUACAUCCAGAGUGAUUGAUAUAGCUGCUAUUGAAAAAAGUUGUGAACAAGCCGAUCUUACUGAUCGUGAACAAACAUAUAGAGAUAAAUUGAUGGCCAUACGUCGUCAUGUUACGUUGCCAUCGAAUUCGACAACAUUGAUUACAGGCGGCGAUUAUCCACAUAAAAACAAAGAUCCUAUGCCAAUGGAUGAUUAUAAAUUAAUCACCGAAUUAGCACUGAAUUUGAAUGCAGCCAUUUUGGAUGGCUUCAAAAUUCAAUGUGACGAACCAUUUGUUGUUAAUUUUGAUGCCUGAAAACAAAAAAAAAUCAAAUCUGGUGAUACAUCAAUUAAUCAUAAGUUAUUUUUUUCGAAACAAACAAAAUCAUCGCGAUUUCAUGCUCUGUCAAAUUAUUAGUUUCCAUAUAUAUAUAUUCAACUAAUAGUUUUCCAUUGGAAUUACAUUUAACGGUUUUAUUUCAUACCGUUGUAUUGUAUCACUGUACAUAUUGAUCAUUUAUUU